AUGGCCUUCCUCUGGAUCGUGUCCUGCCUCGCCUUCGUCAGCGCCGCCUACGGCUGCGGCUCCCCCGCCAUCGCCCCCGAGGUGACCGGCCACGCCCGCAUCGUCAACGGCGAGGAGGCGGUGCCUCACUCCUGGCCCUGGCAGGUGUCGCUGCAGCAAUCCAACGGCUUCCACUUCUGUGGAGGAUCUCUGAUCAACGAGAACUGGGUGGUGACCGCCGCCCACUGCAACGUCAGGACCUACCACGUGGUGAUCGCCGGAGAGCACGAUAAGGGUUACGGCUCCAACGAGAACGUCCAGCGUCUGAAGCCCGCCAGGGUGUUCACCCACCCCGGCUGGAACCCCAGAACCAUCAGCAACGACAUCUCCCUCAUCAAGCUGGCCAGCCCCGCCCGCCUGGGAACCAACGUGUCCCCCGUCUGCCUCGCCGAGGCCACCGACAACUUCCCCGCCGGCAUGACCUGCGUGACCAGCGGAUGGGGUCUGACCCGCUACAACGCUCCCAGUACUCCCAACAAGCUGCAGCAGGCUUCCCUUCCCCUGAUGUCCAACGAGCAGUGCAAGAGGACCUGGGGCAACCAGAUCUCCAGCGUGAUGAUCUGUGCCGGAGCAGCCGGAGCCACUUCCUGCAUGGGCGACUCUGGCGGCCCCCUGGUGUGUCAGAUGAACAACGCCUGGUCUCUGGUCGGCAUCGUCUCCUGGGGAAGCAGCCGCUGCUCCACCUCCACUCCGGCCGUCUACGCCCGCGUCACCGAGCUCCGCGGCUGGGUCGACCAGAUCCUCGCUGCCAACUAA